AAUAUUAAAAUGAACACGAGGGCUAAAAAUACAAACCACAAGCAUUAAAAGAAACAACUACUACAGUGUGGAGGAGAGCUCUCCCUGUCUCUCACUCUCCAGAUCUGUACCUAUCUCCUCGGGAAUAUCGACAAUCGAGAGAACAGCAACAACACCAAGAUGUUUUUGUUUGAUUGGUUUUAUGGGGUGUUAGCAUCUCUUGGGCUAUGGCAAAAAGAGGCCAAGAUCUUGUUUUUAGGCCUUGAUAAUGCUGGGAAAACAACCCUUCUUCAUAUGCUCAAAGAUGAGAGGUUAGUUCAGCAUCAGCCAACACAACAUCCAACAUCAGAAGAGCUGAGUAUUGGUAAAAUCAAGUUUAAGGCUUUUGAUUUGGGUGGUCAUCAGAUUGCUCGGAGAGUUUGGAAAGAUUACUAUGCCAAGGUUGAUGCUGUAGUUUAUCUUGUGGAUGCCUAUGACAAGGAGAGGUUUGCAGAAUCUAAGAAAGAGUUGGAUGCUCUCCUUUCAGACGAGUCAUUGGCCACUGUCCCAUUUCUCAUUCUGGGAAACAAAAUUGAUAUCCCGUAUGCUGCCUCAGAGGAUGAGCUGCGCUUUCAUCUUGGCCUGACUGGUGUCACCACCGGAAAGGGUAAGGUGAAUCUUGCAGAUUCAAGUGUGCGUCCUUUAGAGGUAUUCAUGUGCAGCAUUGUGCGCAAAAUGGGUUAUGGUGAUGGAUUCAAAUGGGUCUCUCAAUACAUCAAGUAGAAAAUCUGCUGACGAGGAGUUUUAUGAUGUUAUUCUCCUCUGGAAGAAGAGAUGAAGUGUUCCAAAGAAGGAUUGAAAUUCAUAUUGAUUCCCCGGUUUGAUUUGGUUUGUAAGUUCUUCUCUUGGAUGUUCUUUUGGUCUGCGUGGAAGACCUUUCAUUUUAUUGUAGUGUAAAAUCUUAACUAUAGCCUUAAAGCAGUUUCACAUGUAAUUCAGCUUCUUUGACAGCCUAUUUAUUAUCUUUAUCUGUUUGGCAGAUGUUCUUUA